AUGGAAUGCAAAGACUUCAAAUGCCCUCCUGACCGGACUGACUGUUGUUGCCGGCGGCUAAUGUAUACUCAGCCGGAUUUCGCUAAAGUUGAAUCAAAUUUGGAGUCUGUGUGUCGUGCACGAGGGGUCAAUGUAAUUUUCCUGCCAAAAUUUCACUGUGAGCUCAAUUUUAUUGAGCAGUGCUGGGGAUAUGUGAAGCAGCUGUACCGUAUGAAAGAACGAUCAUCAUCAGAAGCCGACCUUGAACGAAAUGUCCUCGACUCGCUAAAUGCAGUCCCACAGUCAUCCAUGCAGCGCUUUUUUGUCAGGUCUGGUAGAUUCGUCGAUGCUUACAAGAAGGGACUUGACGGAAAACAGGCUGCAUGGGCGAUCAAAAAAUAUCGUGGUCAUCACAUUCUUCCUGAGUCCAUAAUGCAGGAGUUGGAGCAAUCCCGCUGA